AUGUCAACUGGUGUACACGCUCGUGCCCGCGUCGGAAUCUGGUCAUAUUUUCCCUUUGGCUCGAGCCCUAGGCGUCGAUCCACUUCCCUUCCAGCGAAGGCCACCCGUGAUCAAUUUGAAAAACCAGGGAGGCAUUCUGGAGAUCCUCACCGCAGCUCCAAGAAAUUUGGUUUUGGGGACACGUUCACAGUUGCCACGAUGACACAAAGUCAGAGAACGAGAUAUAUUAAGACCGGGGGGAUAAUUGCUGUUCUAUUACUGUUCCUCUACGUACUGCUUCCUGGCGGUCAACCUUCCCCGAGCUCAAUCAAAACCCCCGUGUCCAACUCAAAGUGUACAAAACCAUAUGACUCCACGAAGCCCUUGAUCCAAUACGCGUUGAUGAUCGAUGCUGGAAGCACUGGCUCCCGAAUCCACGUUUACCGUUUCAACAAUUGUGGGCCUACGCCGGAACUCGAACAUGAGGAUUUCAAGAUGACAGAGAAGAAGAAGGGUGGUGCUGGACUCAGCUCCUACGCUGAUGAUCCAGAGGCGGCCGCAAGGAGCUUGGAUCCUUUGAUGGAGGUUGCCCUGAAGUCGGUUCCUAAAGAAUACCAGUCCUGCUCUCCAGUCGCAGUAAAGGCCACGGCCGGCUUGAGAUUCCUGGGUCCAGAGACUAGCGAUAAAAUUUUGGAUGCGGUGAGGAACCGCUUGGAAACCGUAUAUCCAUUCCCUGUCGUCUCAAAGGAAAAUGGUGGUGUUGAAAUCAUGGAUGGCAAAUAUGAAGGGGUGUAUGCCUGGAUCACCACCAAUUACCUGCUUGGAAAUAUCGGUACCAAGGAGCGCACACCUACAGCCGCAGUUUUCGAUCUUGGAGGAGGCUCAACACAAAUUGUUUUUGAACCAACCUUCAAAAGUGCAGGUGGAUUAACGGAGAAACUGGCUGAAGGUGACCAUAAAUUUUCUUUGGAUUUUGGAGGUCGACACUUUGACCUUUACCAGCACUCGCACCUUGGCUACGGGCUCAUGAAAGCAAGAGAUGCCAUCCACAGAGCGAUUGUGGAGGCCAAACACGAGUCUAGCCCAACCGACCAAUCGUGGCUCUCCAAGACAUUGGUCAAUCCAUGCCUGAGCGCUGGAACGUCGCUCACAGUGAAUGUAACAAUGGGGAAUGGACAUCCACUUGGUGAGGUUGUCGAAAUCAAGAUGAUCGGUCCGAAAGACAUAUCCUCCGCAGCUCAAUGCCGAGGAAUCGCAGACAAAAUCCUCAAGAAGGAUGCAGAUUGCAAGUUGGCACCGUGUUCCUUUAACGGCGCUCAUCAACCACCGCUCCAGAAGACCUUUGCCAAUGAAGACCUGUUCAUCAUGUCGUAUUUCUACGACCGCACAGCUCCGCUCGGAAUGCCGGAAUCGUUUACUCUUCGAGACUUACAGGAUUUGACUGCCGCAGUCUGCGCAGGUCAAAGUAACUGGGGUGUUUUCGAAGGGAUUGGGGAUGCUAUCAAUGAACUCCAGGAACGCCCGGAGCACUGUUUGGACCUUUCCUUUAUGUUAUCUCUCUUACAUACCGGCUACGAUCUCCCUCUGAAUCGGCAAGUUAAAAUUGCGAAAAAAAUCAACGGCAACGAACUUGGAUGGUGUUUAGGUGCGAGUUUACCUCUUCUGAACAAGGUAUCAGGCUGGCAAUGCCGUGUCAAACAGGUCUCAUAA